UUAAUAAUCCUAUCUUAAGCAUACAUCUAUUCAAUGCAUAAAACGACCUAUACGGAGGCACAUCAUCUUUUGGCAAAAUUCUGGAAAGAUUAUAACAAGCUUGGUGAGGGCGAGAAUAAAAAUAGUUUGGAGCACUAUAUUUCGAAAUCAAAGCCAUUUGGGUUCUUGGAAAAGGCUUUAGCGGAACACAAAAGGAAAGUGAAGAACCAUGUAAAGGAGAUUGAGGAUCACCACAAAAAUAAAGUAGGGGAGCAUGUAAAGGGGAUUGAGGAUCACCAUAAAAAGAAUACAAACCAAGAACAAGAAAAACAUAGAAAGAACAAGGAAGAUAAAGCGGAACCUUCUGAGAGAAAAGAGGGAGUGGAUAAUGAGACAACUCCAUUGCUUGGUAAAGAACAUGACAAUCAAGUUUCUGAGGUGGAAGAGAUAUUGGGACAGGAAAAUGCUUCUUUGGCUGGUAAAGGACAUGGCGAGGUCUCUACCCAUGGAAAGGGUGAAAUAGCAGAAGGAAUCACGAAAGAAAUAGAAAAUUUGGAUAAACAUGUGAAGGAUCUACGUGAAAAGAAUGUAGAGGUUCGCAAAUACAUAUCUAACCAUUCAUACUUUUACACAUUUCCAGGUCAAUCCGGACAAGAAAGUGUUUGUAUACAAGACUUAUAUUCACCGAAAAUAUUCGCUUGA